AUGUGGACGAAAUGCCAGCCGUGCACGAGCUACUUCAAACUGAGCUCUUUAUUCGACCCCAAAUUGUCGAGCUCUUACAAGAAACUCGAGUCGAAUCAUGUGUUGGCUCGAUUCUUCGCGCACGAUAGUAAAGGCAAAAAGGAAUGCACCUUCAAUUUCUCGUACAUGAGCGGUCAAUCGUGCGCAGGGGUUGGAUCAGUCGACAGGCUCGUUUUCCCAUCGGUCGAGAAAAACCUGAGAGCAUUAAAGGGAUUGUUUUUGGAUGCUCGAGUAGCCUCCGAGGGUUCAGACAAAGUACAACGCGGUGCAACUCAUUUGGAAAUGCGGGCUUACGGUGCGGUCAAAGCCGCGCUCGUGCAGCAUUUUGACUGGUAUAAGCUCACGAGAGUCCUUGAAGACCCGAGGACUCGGCUCGAGUUGUGCUACCAUUUGAAGCAGGGGUUCGGGAAAUUUCUAAGCUUGGUUUUGCAUCUCUGA